GAAACAUCAACAAUGGCUGUUAAAUUGUUAAUACUAUUAACACACUGCAACAAAUAGUAAUUUUUGGGACAGAAUUUUUUUCCGAGACUUUUAUUUGGUAGCAAAUAAUUACGACCUCUCUCUCUCUCUCGCCAGCUCUUCUCUUCGUUCUCUCACUCUCCCUUUGCGCCGCCGCAGUCCGUAGCUAUCGCCGGUAGCAGUUUCGUCAUUCAGUGUCUGGCCUGCAUUAUCCAAAUGCAUGGCUUCUUGAGCAAGAGAGGUCCCUAUAAAACCUUUUAUAAGUGGAGAUAAUUAUGCUUACGAUUCCUGAAGCUAGGAUGGUCGUCAGUUUCUGCGCAAUAGAACCUGAAACAGGAUUGGGAAGAUAAUGGCUUCAGAUGCUGAGUUUUAACUUUUCCUUCUGUGUUAUUGAUAUGUCUGUUACUAAAGCUGCAUUUGUGGAAGACGUGUUGUUGGAGUUAUCUGCAGAAGAGUCCUGAAGGCCUGUGAUUUGUGGAAGACGUGUUUGUGAUUUUGCUGCUGAAGACUUGGUCUUAGUACUUGAGUUGGACUUUGUCUCAAUAGCUUCAAACUCUGAGUUGGCAUUUAGAAUCUCUUGCAUCAGGAUAAGAUUGGUCGUCAACCUCCAGACCGAGGACAACUAUCCCCCCCCCUCCCUCGGUACAAAAUCUCUUUUUGGCUGUCUCUCGAUCUUGGAUAGGAGUAGAGAUUUCCAUUGCCAAGGUGGAACUGGUAGGCUUUUUUAGGGUUUGAAUUGUUUUCGAUCGAUUUGGUGAUUUGUUGCGGGAUCGAAUGGCCGUUGCUGCAGCUUGUAGGCGGUGGGGGCAAUCAGGAAUGCAUUUGCGGAUAAGCGGAUUUAGUGGGUUUGGGGUUUCAACAUCAGUGUACGAUCCAUUUUCGGCUUCUUUGGCUUCGGUUAGGCAAUUGGAUUGUAGGCAUAUUUCUGAGCUCGUGAAAUCGAAUGGAAAGCGGUUGUUUCUCGUUGACACAUUAGCCCUAGUUAGGAGAUUAGAGGGACAAGGUGUGCCGUCGAAGCAGGCUGAGGCUAUAACAGCAGCCAUAACUGAAGUUUUGAACGACAGCUUGGAAAAUGUGUCUCAUUCAUUUGUUUCAAAGGCAGAGAUGCAGAAGAUUGAAAUGAUUCAAGAAUCCAAUCUGUCAAAAUUCAAGUCUGAAGUCCAGAGCUCACAGGGACACCAUUUUUCUUUGUUGCAACAUGAGACUGAAAAGCUUCGGAAUGACAUAGAGAAGAUGCGCAGUGAAUUGAGGUAUGAAAUCGAUAAAGUCACUGCUGGACAGCGGUUGGAUUUGAAUCUUGAAAGGGGGAGGAUUCGGGAUGAGCUAGCGAAUCAGAAUGCUGAAACCACUAACCUUACGAAUAAACUUGAUCGGGAAAUUCAUGCUCUUAGGGCCCACUUGGAAGCAGCAAAAUAUGAUGUAAUAAAAUACUGCAUAGGUACUCUUGUUUCCAUCUCUGCGGUUGGACUUGCUGUAAUUCGUAUCUUGAUGUGAACUUAUUGUAUUGUAUUACAAGUCAAUUGUUGUUGCUCAAAAGAAGAAAAUAUAGGUUAUUCUUUUGAAGCUACCUUUUGUUAAGGAAAGAAGAAAAAAAAAUAAACUUAGAAAAA